AUGCCUCGCCUCUACCACCGGUCCCAGCUAGCCGUGCAUAUCAAGAGGGCGAUCUGCGCCCACUCUGUCGCAAACCCGAAGCUGCGCCAUGCCGAUCUUGCUCGCUGGUGUUUCACCCGCUUCAGGAUUCGUCCCGACCGUUCGACAAUUGGGCGCGUGUUGAAGGGUGCCGAACAGUGGGCCUGCGCAUCCUCCGAUAACAACAUCGUGCGCGUGCGCGGCGGCGCACACCCGGACCUGAAGCGCGCAAUGGCGCGCUGGAUUGCCAAUGCGGGCCCGGCUGGCGUGCCUCUCACUCUCGCCACCAUCCGCGACCAUGUCGCGAACAUGGCACGUGAGCAGGGGUUGCCGGCGACAUUUCGCUGCUCGAUCGGCUGGGGACGCCGUGGGUUGCGCCGCCAGGGUGUCACGUGCAUGAGCGCGUGUGGCGAAGCGGCUGACCAGGACCUGACCGCCAUACGCACGACUCAGGAGAAGCUCCCGCAACUUCUCAUGCAUCUUUCGGUGACACCGAAAGAUACUUACAAUUUCGACGAAACGGCGCUCUUCAUCUCCGUGCUUCCGCGAAAGACGUACGGCAAUGGCCGUGUGGCAGGACGGAAGUUGGCUAAGGAGCGCCUGACCGUCGGCUUUCUCGUCAAAGCCGACGGCUUGCACUCGUUCCGCCCCUUGGUGAUUUCCAAGGCGAAGCGCCCCCACGACUUCCGCCCCGACUACGAUCCCGAAGAACUUUUCACCCACUUUAUCGAGCAGCUGAAUGCGGCCAUGUACGCCGAGGACAGGAACAUCGUGGUGCUGCUCGACAACGCGAGCAGCCACGUGCUCAAAUCUGAGGGCGCCACGUCCGAAGACCUCUUCGGAUUCCGCACGCGCUCGCUCUCGAACGUCCGGCUCGUGUACCUCCCUCCGAAUACGACGUGCUUCACCCAGCCCCUGGACCAGGGGCUGAUUGUUACCGCGAAGGCGCGGUACCGGGCACAUUGGCUCAGCUCGGUCACCGCGCUGUGGACCGCCGACGGCGCAACGCCCGCGGCGCGGAGCGAUGCUGCCAUUGGCGACGUGGGCAUUCUCAUCGACCGACUCGGCCUCGGGCCUGACGCCAUGCUGGCGGCGGAAUUCGUCCGCAUUGACGAUAACCAGCUGACGUGCGCCGAGCCGGCGGUCUACGACGACGGCAACCCGGAGUCUCACGAGGCGAGGCGCUACGCACGCGUGGUGAGCGAGAUGCUCAUCGACUACGCGAAGGCAACCGGCAUCACCCCCAGGGAUCUAUGCGCGCUUUUUGACAUCCGCAACCCUAUCAUCAGGGCGCGCAUGGAGUGUGCAAGCCUGCCUAUUAACCUCAACAUGACCCCCCCUCCCUCCAUGCCCCUUGCCGCCACCCCGUCGGCUGAGACCCCUCGUCGCCAUGGCCGCGUGCUGCCGGCGUGGAUGACGGAGCCUACCCUGUCGUGGGCGACGCUGGCUCAGCAGGCUGCUCGCCGCCAGGAGCUGAUUGACGGUGCUGCGCCUGCUGUCAUGCAGGGCUACUUAGAUGCCGCUGAAUGGAUGCGGUUGUGA